AUGCGCAUCGUCCGCUUUGGCAUCGAGCACCCUGAGGGUGACGGUCGUGGCUGGGCCGCCGUGGCGCUGACACGCCUGGACAAGACAGCCGAGGCCGCAAAGCUUGCGGCCGGCCCAGACGGUCAGACGCCUUGUGGCUACCAGACAUUGCGCUACGUUGCGCACGCCUGCGCAAAGGUCGGAGCUGUAGAAGCCGCCUACCACUUGUCCCGCCUGCAGAAGAAAUGUGGGCGGACCAAGUACAUCACUUCUGGCUCGCGUGUCUUUCAGAGUACCCUCGAGUCUUCGGCGCUUUACCUGCAGUCCACUGCGGAGCAGAUGCCGAAGCUGUUGGCAGGACAUGGCGCCCGGGUCUCCCAAGAGAUCGAAAGCCUACUGGAAAUCAAGAAUGACAUCCUGGCGCUCACUCCGAACCGACGCUACAGGAUGCUCACUGAGGCGUUCAACCAACUCAUCCGCUGGUACGGCCGGGCUCGCCUGGUGCCGCAGGCCCUUCGGGCAUGUGAGAUCAUGAACGAGCUUGGCAUUCCCCGAAACGACAUGACCCUGCACUUCCUGAGCCGUGGCUGCGCGCAGCAGUACAGAUGUCUCAAGAAAGCAGGAAGGUACACUCAGGCACCCUCGGACAUGCCUGGCCAUCGGCCUGAGGUACUUUUCAUCGGUCGCACGAACUCGGGCAAGUCCUCCAUGAUCAAUGCUCUCUUUAGCUCAUUGACGAAGUUCGCCCCCGCCUCCAAAACGCGGGCAUUCACGCGGAAGCUGUACUUCUACGAGGUCAACCAGAAAAGAGCCGGCUUACCUCAUUUCAUGCUCGUGGACUCCCCUGGCCUGGGAUGUGCGGACAUCCCCGGAGCCGCCAAGAUCACCAGGGAUUUUCCGAACAUGAUCUACGACUAUCUUCGGAAUCGGAAUGCUUUGAAGCACAUCUUCCACCUCGUGGACGCUCGAAAUCACAAGCUCCUACCUGCUGACAAGCAGCUCCUGCACCUUGUGGCCAAAGCUCAGCGGCGGAGCGUUAGAUACACCAUCGUCAUCACGAAGAUCGAUGUGUGCAAGCGAAAUGUCGCCAACAGCACGGCUCAACGAAUCCGAGAGGAACUGGCUCCAUACUGCGACGUGGACAUCAUGUUUGCGAGCGCUCGCAAACUGCGAGGUGUGGAUCACCUUUGGUCCAAGAUCUGGCAGUCUGUGACAGAGACGCCCCGGGGACGCAGACACAGAGACAUUGCCAGAAAAGAGCUGGAACGGCUGAACAGAGAGGGCACGAACGUGUUGAAGGCUCCGAACCUGUCCGAGCUUCUGAAUAUCCCAGAUUACCAGCAGCCGCAGGACUUUGACACAGAAGAGUGGGAGGAGGACAGCGACUACCAGCAACCUCCUCCAGGCGAACAAAGAGAGUUGCUUGAUGAUGCCUGGGGCGAGGACUUGAAAGACGAAGAUGUCGCAAGCAGCGAUCCGGACAUGCGGAACCUGGAGGCCGUCGACGCAUCGGAUGAUGAAGAGGACUUGAGCGACGACGAGUUGGCGAGACGAUGGGACGCAUUCGAGGAGUUCGAAGAAGAAGAAGAGGAGGAGAUCAGUGACUACAAGGAUCUGAGUGGGAUGUUCGGUUGA